AUGCCACCACGGCGCUCAUCGAGGCCCGUGUCGCGCGCAGCAUCGUACCUCGACAGCGAGAAUGAGGUCAUCGAGUGUCUGACGCCACGGCGUCCACGGUCGUCCCGCAUCACUCCCUCCUCUGCUGCUGCAGACACUCCCGUGUCACCUUCCGCGAGGACACGGAGUGGUCGGCGCCAAUCAAGACCAGCCGACCCGGAUUCCAGCUCUGACAACGGGGGUCUAUCCGUGCUGCACAUCAUUGAAGACGACGACGACGACGACGAUGUCGCUCUCAGCCGCCCGGCACCCAAAAGCAGACGACCCCCCUCGUCUCUACCACAAACGCAACCUUCCUCGCCGUCCGGUAUCGUGUUGAGCGAUGGCGGCGAACCGGAACCACCGCGCCGGAUGCCGCGCAACAGAGCUGUUGUCGAGAUCCCCUUCCUGCCCUUGCACGUGCUGGAGCAGUACGAUAUGCCUGAUCACCUGUCAUUACCCACACGAGCGUCGCGCAAGCGCGUCCUUGCCAAGCAGGACGAAGCGUCGAGGUGGAAGCUCAAGCUCACGCCCUCGAAGCGGAAGCGUCGACACUCGCUGUCCAGUGACUCUGGUUUCGGCGGGUACGGCGACGACACGGACGACUUGCACGACGAGCAGGAUAGCUGGGAGAGCGACGACUCUUCGUCAGACGGAAUUGGUGCGAGCCGCCAUGUGACGCGCCGAUCUGGGCGCUUGAAACCCGAGAUGAUGCAGACGAGGUCACAUCGCAUAUCAUCGAGCCCCGUUGCUACACGUCUCGCCAGGACUCGGUCGACCGCAGCGCGCUCGACCUCAAUGCGAUCAGCUCGUCUGCAGCCAGCGAUCCGGACGAUGGUGUCAUCACGAAUGCGGUGCGCAUCGACGGAUCUGGAGCCUUCUUUCGAGAUGGAAGGCGAGGACGAGCUAGAGUCGGACUAUGAGGGCACGAGCUCGUCAACUCCAGCACCCAAGCUCAUCAAGGCGCCAACGCGACGAAUUCUAGAGCGCCAUCACCCAGCUUGUGACAAGUGUGGCCAGAGUCCGGCGGACGUGCUUCUCGAGGCUGCCCGCCGCAAGAAGAGGAAAGGGGGCUGGAAGAAGAGGAGGGGAGAGAAUGACGACCUCCUGGUCGAUGAUGAGGAGCGCGCAGAGGGCCUAGGCGGCUGGCUCGAGUGCGAGCGGUGUUGUGCCUCCUUCCACUGGAGCUGCAUUCCUCUGGGAAAGCGUAAGAAGCUUAUCAACGCGUACAACUUGAGCAACGACGGCUCUCUCAUCCACAGCCUGCCAGUUGACGACGUCGCUACGUUUCUGUGUUCGCGCUGUGAGGCGUUCCCUGUGUGCUUCGUCUGCAACAAGGAGGAGGUGAUUGGGGCAAUUGAGAACACCAACGGCGCAGAAGAUGACCCUAUCGAUGUCGACAAUGACGACGGCGGCGCGCAGGGGUCGCCUUCACCACAGACGGCGGAUGAUGCCCCACCCAUAAAGGCCAAGUCAGUGUUUGCACCAAACCUGAUCGCGAGCGACCCCGCGCCGUUACUCUUCCGCUGUAAGCGGUGCAAGCAGGCGUGCCACUACGAGCAUUUGCGGAGUACAUUCGCCGACGGCCAGAGGUACAGUUUGCCAAGAUUGGCGGAGGUGUACCAGAAUCCCACUGUGGACGGAGGAGCCGAAUUUGAGUGCCACCUCUGCCGUGACUGGCCGUGGAUAGUCGACAGAAUCAUCGCUUGGCGACCCUGCCCUGCGGAUGCUGUUGAGCCAGAACUCGAACCUGGAGAGCUUCCCAACUACCGCGACCGUCUCCCGCGCGAGUACCUCCUGAAAUGGAGCGGCAGGGGGUUUCGCCACGCAACUUGGGUCCCUCAUGGCUGGCUCGUGGCUGUGGCGCCGCAGAAGCUCCGAAACUUCAUCGAGAAGGGCCCGCAGCUUGACCUUGUCACCGAAGACACCCUUGCAGCGAAGGGCGACGAGAUGAUUGCGCCAACUAUCACUGCCGUCAUGGAGGAACAUGAAGCCGAAUUGCGCCGCCAUCGCGAGAAGGAUGAUCUCGAGGGCAAGUGGGAGGGCCAAGGCCCGCCGCCUGACGUCGGCGCGAAGGCCAAUCUCCCUGUUGCAUGGUGCACGGCCGACCGCGUCCUCGAUGUGUGGCUGUUUCCUCCUAAGAACGCCAAGAGUCUGGCCAAGAAAGGCAAGAAGGCCAAUCGCAAUCGGGUCGUCUCGUCCUCCGACGAGGACGAGCUGGACGACGUGGUUGUCCAUCGAGACGGCAUUCAGCCUCGCGCCAACGCUGCCAUGUGGAUCAACGAUUGGGAGGAGCUGACUAAGCGGAAACUCACGAGAGACGAUUUAGACGAGAUCGCCCCUCUCGUCACGUGGAGCUACAUCAAAUGGCGGGAUCUGCAGUACGACCAAGCGUGCCACGACACUCCGCCGCCAGUCGACUCACCCCUCUACCAAGCUUUCAAGGACGCGCUCGGACGUUACCUCGAGACGCGCCUCGUGACGGUGCCAGUCCUCACGCGUGCUCAAUGCGAGGAGCGCGACGAGAUGGCAGAGAACUUUGGGGACCCUCCGGCGGAGCAACCAGACUGCGUGGUCGGCGGUUCCCUCAUGCCAUUCCAGGUUGAGGGCUUCCAGUGGCUGCUAUACAAGCAUUUCCGGCGCGAGGGUUGCAUCCUCGCCGACGACAUGGGCCUCGGCAAGACGAUCCAAGUGUCGGCGUUUCUCGGCUACCUCGCGUCCGACGAGCUCCAGAUCUACCCUUCGCUGGUCAUUGUCCCCAAUUCGACCAUCACCAACUGGGUGCGCGAGUUUGAAAAGUGGGUGCCACACGUGAGCGUAGUGCCGUACUAUGGCGAGUCAGCAUCCCGCAAAGUCAUCUCGAAAUAUGAGCUGUACCAUCCGGGGAUGGAGCGCAAGGCCGCCGGCCUCAAGGCGCACGUCGUCCUCACGACGUAUGACACGAUCACUGGACCGGAUUUUAGCCUAUUCAGCAACGUGCCGCGGUGGGAGGCGCUCGUUGUCGACGAGGGACAGGCAGGCAAGUCAAUGAAAAACGACUCGAGUCUCCUCUUCAGAAAGCUCAAGAAGCUAAAUGCGGUUCACCGAGUCCUGCUUACCGGUACACCGCUGAAUAACAACCUGCGCGAACUGUUCAACCUCCUCAACUUUCUUGACGAGGAAAACUUUAAAGACCUUCGCGAGCUCGAGGCGCGGUUCGAGAACCUUAACGAAACACUUGUCAUAGAGCUACAUAAGAUGCUCAAGCCAUAUAUCCUGCGCCGCGUGAAGGGGGAUGUGCUCAAGCUCCCGCCAAAAGUUGAGAUCAUUGUCCCCAUCUCGAUGACGGCGCCCCAGCGCCUCCUUUACAAGCGCAUUCUGCUCAAGCACCGCGAGACCAUCAACACGAUCCUGGAGCACCGCAAGAAGUUGAAAUCCAAAAAGGUCGAGACGCCCGUGGCCGACCAGCUGCAGAGUUCGACGCCGACGAUCGUCGUUGUGGACGAGGUUGUCGAGGAGGACGAGAUUGUCGAGGCGGACGAGAUUGUCGAAGAGGACGAGAUUGUCGAAGAGGACGCUCUCCUUGCUCCGAAAUCUGCAGGCGUCGCCGAGAUUGUCGAGCUCCCCGAGGAGGACAUCGAGAUGCGUGACGACGCGGGCAAGGACACCUCCUCAGCGAGCGUCCCAGGCACUGCCGACACUGACACUGCGACCGGUCCUGGUGGCGCGAACGGGAAGGCCGGCAGCACUGUCAACGGUAGUAAGGUGAGCAAUGGCAACAAGGCCAACGAGGAGCCGGGCCACGGGGCUGGCGCUACGAAGCCUCACUCGAAUGGCUCGAGCAAGGGGCGCGUCCGCCACCUCACGCCGCAGAUGGAUCUCGAUUAG